CGCUACGCCCGAAAUUGGCAUCACAAUACAUCCCGAGUUCACAUCGACAACUACAGGUUGAAGUUUUGAAAUCAGUCUUAAAGACAACUCAAGAAGAAAUCUACCAAGCAGAAAUGGCUUCUUUCAAGUAUCUGAUAUUCGUCGCCUUGGUCGCCCUCAGCGUGUACUCCGUUGUCUCCGAAGAAGCACCAAAAGCCGAAGAACAAGUUGGAAGUGAAGCCGCCAGAGUAAAGAAACACGCUUACAUCGCUGCUCCUUUGGCCUACUCUUCUUCAGCCUACCCAUACGCUUACUCAGCUUACCCGUACUCGUCUUACCCGUACUCGUACUCGUACCCGGCCUCAUACUCAAGUGGUUAUGCUGCUUACCCAAGUGCUUACUCCGCUUACCCGAGUUAUUCUUACGGCAAGUACUGGCCAAGCAGUGCGGCUUACUACCCAACCUACAAGUCCGCCUACCCGGUUUACCACUACUGAACACGGCUCCCGACCAACGCAUUUCAAAUCUUCCGGAAACAAACGUAGUUAUAAGAUAAUUGUAUAAAACUUUUUUCACAAUAAAUAUGUGAUCUUUCUUCAACAAACCCA